CCGUCCCACUGAGUGUUUGUUUACACAGCUGAUCGUCUGUCACGGGAUGUCGCUACUAUGAAGGAGGCACAAGUCUGCUGUCAUAUCUUCUGAAACUAAAACCGGGGGAGGAGGGGUGAGGCGGCAUGGCGGAGAGCUAUGUGGAGUUGGUGAGCCACGCUCUGCACCUUCCUCGUGAAUACUGUUGUCUGGGCUCUUUACCAGGCUAUGUGGAGUGUUACAUUUAUGCUCCAUGGAUACGGAGUGUCAUUCGAGAAGGAUCCUUCACGCCUCCACCAGAGCAUGAGCAUCUGAGCCCAGCAGAGGUGCAGUCUGCUCUCCAGUUGGGGGAAAGAUUAGGAGACUUCUGGCAGAGAGUGUUGGUGCAGGUUAUACACAAGAGUAAUAGUCAAGUGUAUCCACUUGCCCGAAAUGCUGGACCGUCUCCAGGGUUGUUGGCAGAUGUUUCUUAUUCACAGUUGCUUCAUUAUGUUGCAACAUCCAAUAACAAAAACCUAUGGAAAGAUGCUUUUAAAAAAUAUUCUGAGCAUGGUGUUGCUGUGCAAUGGAAGGGAGGUGCACAGGUGGGGACAGACUCCUUGCACAAUGUCCUGAGGGAGGUUAUCUGGAGAUUGUUUGGCUGUAAAAUCAUAUCUCUCAGGGAAGAUGGCACACCACAGUCUGGCAUGCAAGGCAGCCGUUUACCUGAACCACACUCCAAUGUUCUGCCAGCUCUUUGUGCCCUGGAAGGAGAGGAACAUGUCUUCAUCAUCCUUAACAAUGUGUAUCACAGUGUUCAUCAGUGUGUGUCUUUCAGUCCUGCAAAGCUCUCAGGACUGGAAGCAGGAGCACUCUUCAUUUUAUACCAAAUCCUAGAAGUGGCAAGAGAUACCCAUGAUCGUGGACUUCAUCUUGGGGAUAUCACUCUCCACCAGCUCUACAUAGACAACGCUCUCUACCUCAGACUACUUCCAAGCAUUCCUGAUAACCUUAUCCAGCCGGAGUCUUCACAGCCCUCACACUUACCGAAGAGCAAGUCUUUAAGUGAGUCAGAACAGCACCCAGACUCUGCCAUUGGAGAGAAAAGACAAAGCCAUUCAUCAGAUUCCACAAGAAGCACAGGAGACUUAGAAGCAGACUCAGUAAGGACAAACUCCCCAGAACAGAACUCUGAAAGAAGCAAAGUCUCUCAGGAUUCUCGGGGGGACCUUGCCAAAAGAAAAAACUUGCUGCCUGUAUCCAAGAAGAAUGAAACAAACCAAACUGCACAGCCAAAGACAUCAGUUAUUGAAGGAUCUGAGAACAGGAAUAGUGCAAAUCAAACAGACAGUAGAUUACUGGAAUAUCAGAAACUCAUAUCAAGUGAAGAUGCAUUUGAGGCAUUAAGACAGUCUUUUCAGGCAGAGAUAAGUAACACCCAGGAUGCAGAUUUAGAAACACUUUUGCAAUGCUCCUUGGUCCAACUUACUCAGCUUUGGGUUGGCCACCAAAUUACAACCCUCGACUACCUUUUAUGCCUGAACUUCUUCGCUGGUAGAAAGUUCAACUCGCCACAUCAUCAUCCCACUGUGCCUUGGGUGAUGGACUUCACAGGGAGAAAUUCUGGCUGGAGGGACUUGACCAAGACCAAAUUCAGGCUGAAUAAGGGUGAUCAGCAGCUGGACCACACCUACCAGAUGGCUGCCAGUCAAGGACAGAACAAGCAGGCAGUUGCACAUCAUGUCACAGAAGUCUUCAGUGAGAUAACUUACUAUGUCUACAAGGCCCGGAUAACUCCAAAGGAGUUGCUGACAAAAUAUGUCCGCCAGCAGUGGGUUCCUGAGCAUUAUCCUGCCACAAUUAGUCGCCUUUAUCUUUGGACUCCAGAUGAAUGUAUACCUGAAUUUUAUACUGAUCCUGCAAUAUUCAAAAGCAUCCAUGAUGACCUGGGUGAUCUGGAAGUUCCUGAUUGGUGUACUUGUGUCGAUGAUUUCCUUGGAUACCAUCGCUCAGUUCUUGAGAGUAACCGUGUGUCACAGCGCCUGCAUCACUGGAUUGACCUUAAUUUUGGACACAAAUUAUCUGGCAGUGCAGCUGUCAAGGCAAAGAACGUCUGUCUGCAGCUGGUUGAUGCUCACACUACCCUGUCAACUGGAGCAGUAGUACAGUUGUUCUCUGUGCCUCACCCACCAAGAUUGACCCCUUCACCCUACCUUGGACGCUCCCCUCCCAAGUUCAGCAUCCCAGCACAGCAGGAAGCAAAAAUAGAGAAAUCAGAUGAGCAGAGUGAAGCAGAUUCUGCACCAGAACGUCAGGAUGAAGAAACUGAGAGCAUUAAAUCAUUGGCCCUUUCAAAGAAGUUGAGCAGAUCAAGAACUUCUCUGUUUGAGGAAAAAGUACCAGAAAUGCCCAUGAUCCAACUCCCACAGGACUAUAAUCCACUUGUGGCACUCAAUCAAGUGGAAAUGUUGUUCAACUUAGUCCUGAAGACUUCAAGGAUGAUUCCUGAAAGAACAUUUAAAUGUCGUGACAUUCAGCAAGCAGUCAAGCAGGCUGCUCACCUGAGACGUGUAAGAGACAUUCAAGCCAUAGGAUGCAUUACUGUGGAGAUGUUUAAUGCCCCAAAAUGUCGUGUGCUGAGUAACAGGGCAAAGCUACCAGAGAGGUAUGCCCAUGCCCUCAAACUAUUGAUAAAUGAUCAGAUUGACAUACCAAGAUGCAUUCGUCACACACUACAGGUUAUAUUUCAGAUUGACAGUGCACAGGACACCAGAGACUAUGUUCUCCCUAACAAAUAUGAGCCUGUGUCUUCAGAUGGUCUCCCUCCUCCCAGCCCUCAUCAGCUUCUUCAGUCUCUGAUUAAUGUAAUUGUCUUCCCUUCAUAUUUUCCUAAAUUAUAUGCCUUUGUAUGCAAGAUGAGGCAGUACUCACAACUCCUUAGUGAAGCUCAACUUUCAUGUUGUGAUCUGCAAAAGAGGAAUGAGUACAUCAUGAAAGUUGCUGAAAUUAGAGUCAAGAUGGCUGCCAAGGACCUACCAAAGAUAUUACCAAGUCUGUCCUCUGAAGGAUUGAGUCUCAUUCUGCCGUACCUCAUAGAGCUCUUUGAAUUCCCAGAGAGUGCUGUAAAUGCUGCCUGGUACCUGACAAGUCCCCUAGCCCAAGCCCUUGGGCCAGAGGAAGCAAACAAACACCUCUUACCACCAGUUGUUAAACUGUUUGAAGCUGAAACUGUCACCGACAAACAUCUGAAGCUCUUCCAUCGCUCUUUCUUACUGCAACUAAUAGUUUGGUUUGGGUUGCAUAAGUUCCUCACUUUCUUUGUCACACCAUUAAUAGAGGGUGUAGGAGGUUACAAAGAAGUUUUAGGAAGAGCACAACAAGCUGCAGAGAUAGUGAGGAAACAGUCAACUACACUGAAGAGUGUGGACAUAAGCCUGGGUAGUGAAGGAGUUACCUCCCCUUGUGAGGAGGACUCACACUCCAGCAACACAGAGCUCACCCUCAGAAUGGAGGCAGAAGAGGCUGGUGCUGCAAGAGUAGAAGGUGACCUCACAGAUGCUGAGGCAGAGGCUGAGCCAGAGGUGUUCGUGUUUGAAGGCGGGGAGGAAGAAGUAGAAGCUAGUUCGCCUGAUACACCUAUGCAGGACGCUAGUGAUCAGCUGAGAUCGCCUCUUGCAUCAGAGACCAUUAGCUUGGAUGAGGUGUCCCUGCAGGAGGGCAUUGGCUCCAUCCCUUCACUGUGUCCAUCCCCCCACUCACCUUCCAUGAGUGGAGAUGAAGAUGAGGCUUCCAGCAAUCCUGACACUCCAACCCCCCUGGUGUCUGCAUACUCUCCCUCAUGUGUGUCCACAACCACAGGCAUUACUAUACCAAAGAGUGGCACAGAUGGCAUAGCUCUGAUAAAGUCGAUAGGGGAGCACUCCACAUCAUUGCCCAACUUCCGCUUAGAAAAGGAACCUCAUGUCACCAACAUUGACAUUGGUGAAGACAACUCUGACACCCUGACAGCCACAUUCAGAGAAUCAGAAAACCAAGAUGCCAAGCAGAAGAUGGACCUAGAUCAUAACAUGUCAGAUGUGUGUUGUGAGAGUGUACUUUGGUUGGCAGGCAGACUAGGCCCAGUGCUUACUUCACGUUACAUGACUCGGAAUUUGCUGAGGAUGCUGACGCUAUGUUAUCUGCCAGACUCUGGAGCUCUGACUCCCAUCCCCUCAGAUCCUUUAGAUGAACUCUCAGUGACCAGGAAGCGUAUUCUUGGAGAUCGAUAUGCUGCAAAGGUUCUCCAUUGCCUGUCAGAAAUUGCUUGUCUAUAUGGGGAACAAGUCAUUCUCCUCCAGUACCUGUGUCAUAUAUGUGAACUUGUUGCCUCGUGCCGACGCAAGCUAUCUGCUACAAUGGAAGGAGGGCUGUUAGGUGCCAUGGCCUUGCUGCAGCACCUUCUUCCCUACCUGACAGAUAGCACCUUUAUGGAGCAUUUGCAGGAAACUCUUAUCCGCAAUGCUGUGUAUCCUGUUAUUCGCCUUCUAUCAUCCACCAAAGUCAACUUCCCACAUGGUGGAACAGCACGAGGAGUUCUAGCAUGUAGGGUCAUUGACUGCCUCUUCAUCAUGGCUCUGAGAGUUGGACGUGAGAUGAGUAAAAGCAUUUUAAUGCCAACCAUAACCAGACUAAUGACAGCCUUUGAUAAAUGUCACAGCAGUUCAAAUCAGCUUGGUGCAUCACCAAGAUCACUAGAAGCUGAGGAACUUCUUGGUGGGAGUGAGGAGGGAACUCCUGGAGGCAUUCAGGCAUCCCCUGGAUCCAGUACUGACUCAGUUAAAGCCAAAGCAAUAGAGGAGUUAAAGCAGGUCCUGACUCCAGAACUGGCCUACUUGUCCUAUGUCCCAUUGUGCAGGUUCUUAGGAGCUUCCUACAUGGAAACCACCCUACCUAACCAUGACUUGUUGCGUUCUUUAUGUCUACAGUAUGAUGAAAACAAUCAGGCUCACCAUGCAGCUGUAUUGACAGAUGAUGGCUUGGCUAUGAACAGUUCUGCUACCCCUAGUGAAGAUCUAGGUGGGCGGAGACCAAGCAACAGAGGAACUAAUGUGGCUGUCACUGGAAAUAGAAUAGAUAUAAAGGAUGCUCCAGAUAGUAUUAUUACACCUCAGUCAGAACUUCCCCCUUCCAUAGGUUUUGCAACAACUGUUGAUAUUUCAAAAUAUACAGGUGGAAAAAUGGAUAAUACUCAAAGGCAUCUACGAGGCAACUGGCUGGCUUACUGGGAACAUGAAAUUGGAAGAAGUGAACAGGAUGCUAGGUUUAACUUUAAGCAGAUCAAGCUACAGACAUUUACUGGGCAUACAAACAGUGUUAAGUCCAUCCACGUGCUAGAUAAUGAGAAUUCUUUCAUCUCAUGUAGCAAGGAUAAAACCGUGAAACUUUGGUCUUUAAGAAGUCAGGGUGAUGGUAAUGCCCAUGUUAGCACUCAGUGGACAUAUACAGGUCACAAGAAAUCGGUUUUUGGUGUUGCUUUUUCUGACUCAAUGAGGUAUGCUGCCUCAUGUGAUUCAACUGUUCAUGUGUGGGAUCCAUUUAUUUGUGCCUGCAUAAAGCAGUUGGAUUCCUUGCGUCACAGCCCAGUCACUGUCCUGACUGCAAUGGCAGCUCCAUCAACACAGUUAGUGGCAGCUACUACAGAUGCCACAUUACGAUUUAUAGACCUUCGUACCUGCAGUUACACACAUGAGUUUAAAGUAUCAAUGGGAGGUGCAGGUCUUGUGCGAUGUAUUGAUACAAGUGGAGAUGGCCGGCUAGUGACAGUAGCCCAUUCCUCGGGUGUUAUAUCAGUUCUCGACACUCGCACAGGACAUUUGCUCUCCACUUGGAAACCACAUGAGGGAGAGAUUGUGCAAGUAACAGGGUGGAUCCUUGCUCAUGGGAGUCAACACUUCAUUAGUUCUGCAUUAGAUCAGACUGUAUCAGUGUGGAGUGUGGACGACAACAAACUCAAGUUACUCUUCAGGGGCCCAACAGAACCGGUUCACCUCAUCAGUUUGUAUGGAGAUGAAGUGAUAACUGGCACUACAGCAAAUCGCAUUGGAGUUCACACAUCAGUCUCACCCACUGCAUCAUUCUCAUCAACAAGGCUUCGUUCAGACACCUUUAGAGGUGUUUUGACCACAAUGGCAGUUUUGCCUUUAAAUAGAUUAUUGCUUUUAGCAGAUAAUGGGACUAUACGGUUACUCUGUUAGACAAUCUAUUUCCACAUUUCUUGAGAAUUUUAUGUUGACCUUCCAGACUACACUAUUCACCCCUAUAAUUUUAGUGGAUAAUUUUAGUGGAUGUGUAUAAGAUUUGAAUGUUCUUUCAUUUAUUAACUCAUGGAUUGUGAGGCAGAGCUCAUGCUAUGAAGUGUCAGUGUGAACCACAGUGUAAACUGUGCUAGGUUCUUUCCUUUUCUUUUUUUUUUUCACAC